GCGGUGGUGCUGCUCAACUGGACCCUGCCGGCGCUGACGCCGCGCCUGUGGCACAAGGCCACGCUGCGCGUGUGCGCCGACGGUGGCGCCAACCGGCUUUAUGAUGAGCUGCCGGGCAUGCUGCCGGGGCAGGCGGCAGAGGCAGUACGGUCGCAGUACCUGCCUAGCGCCAUCCAGGGCGACCUAGACAGCAUCCGUCCCGACGUUCUGGCCUUCUACCGCCAGCACGGGGUGCCGGUGCAGGACCUGUCGGCCGACCAGGACAGCACCGACCUUCAGAAGUGCAUUCAGUUUGUGCGGCAGCAGGCAGAGGAGCGGCGGCUGGAGCUGCGGCAUCUGACACUCGUGGCGCUGGGAGCGCUGGGAGGGCGGCUGGACCACUCGCUGUCCAGCCUUAGCACGCUGCACGCCCACCGUGACCUCAGUCUCGUGCUUCUGGGUGACGGCAACCUGGCCCGGCUGGCGCCAGCGGGGCGCUGCAUCAUCCGGCCGGACCGGCGGCUGGAGGGGCCCUCGUGCGGGCUAGUGCCAUGUGCAGGGCCCGCGGUAGCUAGCAGCAGGGGCCUGCGAUGGAACCUAGCAGACAUGGAGAUGCGCUUUGGCGGGCUGGUUAGCACCAGCAACCUUAUCGCGGAGGAUGAGGUGUAUGUGGAGUCGGAUGCGGACCUGGUGUGGACCACGCAGCUUCACACCCCGGGC